GAGGCGCGAAUGCAGCUCGAAAUACGAACGAUGCUACAGGCCUCAAUUGACGACGCGCUGGAACAACUACGAAUCCUUACUGAGGAUCUGCAUGCCCUGAAUAUUCAAAUGCGGGAGAAGGUGGAAGCUCGGGACAUUGACAUUGAGCAGUAUAACCGCAAUGAGAAGUCCGGGCAAAUCGGCUUCAAACCAUUUUGUGAGAGGGAGGAAGAGGGUCGAGCACCCUUGACGACUGCUAUCUUCCACCUGCGAAUUGUAAGGGUGCGGCAUCCUAAGGAACCCUCGAAGCCCUGCUAG